UUUUGGGUGCAAAACAUGUACUCUGACAGUGAGCUAUGGUCCUUCCUCAUGUAUUUUGAACCUGAAACGUUUGCUUGCUUUCUCCAGACUCAUGAAAAUAACAUUCGUACCUCGGAAGUCGAACAGAAUCUGUUCCGGAAGUCUGUUUGACUCCCAAAGUGUUCAGAAACCAAGGUGUGGCUUCUGAUUGGCUGCAGGAAACUCCUGCAGCCAAUUGGAAGCUGCAGAAGCCACGUCGAACGUUCAGGUUUCAAAGAACGUUCACAAACCCUAACACUCCCUUCCAGGUUUGUGGCGUUCAGGAACAAAAAUGUUCGACUCUUAAGGUGUUUGGGAUCCGAGGUACAACUGUACUGCCCUUCACCCAAAGAUCACAGGGCAGUUCACAACAUAAAAAUACAAACUAAUAACACAAAAUAAAUCAUGUUCAGGGCGCUAGGUUUAGAUGGGCUGAACUAGAUGAACCAAUUGUCUCAUAUAGCUGGCUAAAGUGUGAUGCCAAGGGUUGCAGGCUCGAUCCCCAUAAGGGACAGCUGCUUAUUCCUGCAUUGCAGGGGUUGGGCUAGAUGAUCCUCAGGGUCCCUUCCACCUCUAUGAUUCUAUGACUCAAUUUGAGGCAUUUAACAAGGUUAGAAUUUGUUAGUACUCAGAAUUGUCUCUAUUCUUGAUUCUUGCCAUCUCCCAAAUGUUCAUGUGUACAACAGAAGGUAGUGCUAUAUACAAAGGCAGGACAGUAUUUUUUUGGCUCCUACUCACAGCAGUUGGCAGUGAUUGUCUGAAUGCUUGCGAGGAGGUCUCUCUACAUCAGAAAACACAGAAGUGUGUCCCUCCAUUUCCUGCCUCAUACCUCAAAAACACAGGAGAUGAUAUUCAAAAUUGGCAUCACUUUUGAUCGUAACAUUGCCUCAUAAUGUCUCUUUUUCCUCCCUUCCUUUCCCCUUUAACUGUGUAGAUAAGACUUGAGAAUGGAACUUGGAUUGUGCUGAGCAUCCAAAAAUAGGAUUUUCUGUUCUUCAGCACAGGUACAGCAAGCUGCAACUUUGCUUUGGGUUUCUCUGGAAGUCAUGAACGCUCCACACAAAAGCCCUUCUCUGUUCUGAGCAAAAAUAGUUUCUAUCAAGAGAGACAGGGUUUUGCCAUUGAGCCUGGCAAACUGCAUCUCCUUCUUUGUUUGCCGUGCAAGCUUAGAAAGUCUCUCUGCCUCUUUUGGCAGAUGCUUCUAUAUAACAAAGACAUGAGAGAACACCCCCUCCUUUCCCAAUACAUUGGAAAUGGUUGAACUUUGGCCCUUAAUUUGCUGACACCCUAAGGGAGUGUAAAAGCAAUGACGUCUUUACUUGUUUCAUCUGCACAACAGGAAACGCUAGUGGCCUCCCCUUCUUCCUGCUAUGAGAAAGUAGUGUCGUGGUCCCCCGCCCUCCCUUGCCUUAGAGUUGGCUGAGACCUAGUUUCAGGUCUGCACUCUGUAUUGAGCUAGUCCUAGCACACUGCUGUGAUUGAUGUCUCCAUCCAGCACAACAAACCAAUCAGUUUGCAGCUACUGUGCUUUAGUGAGGGUCAGAAAUAAGAUAACCCCCCAGCCCUACCCCAUUUCUUUGGGAAAGUGUCAGGGGAGAAAACUACUGUUUUCUUUGAUGGGAUUCCCCAAGAAAUCUUUAAAAUAAAACCUCCUAAUUAGCCCUUUGCUGGUGAUGCAAUGUAGCAGAAACAGCACUUAAAAAUAAAAGGAUAAUUGUUGUUUAGUCGUUUAGUCGUGUCCGACUCUUCGUGACCCCAUGGGCCAGAGCACGCCAGGCACUCCUAUCUUCCACUGCCUCCCACAGUUUGGUCAAACUCAUGUUCGUAGCUUCGAGAACACUGUCCAACCAUCUCAGCCUCUGGCGUCCUUCUCCUAGUGCCCUCCAUCUUUCCCAACAUCUGGGUCUUUUCCAGGGAGUCUUCUCUUCUCAUGAGGUGGCCAAAGUAUUGGAGCCUCAGCUUCAGGAUCUGUCCUUCCAGAGAGCACUCAGGGCUGAUUUCCUUCAGAAUGGAUAGGUUUGAUCUUCUUGCAGUGCAUGGGACUCUGAAGAGUCUCCUCCAGCACCAUAAUUCAAAAGCACCAAUUCUUCGGCGAUCGGCCUUCUUUAUGGUCCAGCUCUCACUUCCAUACAUCACUACUGGGAAAACCAUAGCUUUAACUAUACGGACCUUUGUUGGCAAGGUGAUGUCUUUGCUUUUUAAGAUGCUAUCUAGGUUAAUAGGUACAUUUUAAGCUAAUGGUUGAAAGAGAACCCCGUUUUAAUAUGUUCUUUAAAAGUAUUAAAGCUGAGCAGAGUUUUUGUAUGUGAAAACCAGUUUAACCUUCCUCCCUGUUCCCUUUAAAGACUACAGCUGUAAUGGAUUUUUCUGUUGUGAUGUGAUAACUAUUUGUUACAUUAUUUAACUCCCAAGUUUGAAUGUCUUGAUUUAACUAAGUUUGACUAUCAACGCUUGCUGCCAAUGAGUGUAUUCAACAUUUCCCCUAAAAAAACGACUGAUAUUAAUAGUGACCAUUGGGGAUCUGUGAAGUUCUGCAAAAUGGUUUGUAGGCGGGAUGUACGGAAAAAAUCCUCUUCUUCUUCUUCUUCUUCUUCUUCUUCUUCUUCUUCUUCUUCUUCUUCUUCUUCUUCUUCUUCUUCUUCUUCUUUGAUCACUUGUAGCACACACUGCACUUUUGAUGAGCUUGGGAUGAUGUGUGGCUUCUUUUCAAGUAGAUUUGUUUUGGGGGAAUAGGUCUGGAAGCUGAGCUGAGCUGAGCAUGGUGAAAUGCUGUAGAAAGCCUGUCGACCCUUGUCUUCCUUACCUUAGUCUAACAAAAUUGGUUAAUCAUGCUUCUCAAUAGCAGUUGCUGGAAACCACAAGUGCAGAGAGCACUUCUUGUGGUCUUUCUUUAGGCAUCUGGUUAACCACUGUGCGAAUAGGAUGCUGGACUAGGUGAGCCACUGGCCUGAUCCAGCAGGUCCUACUUGUGUUCCUAGAGGAUGCAUUGGAUCAGGAUCAGCAGUGGUGAAAAUAUGUUUCAGCCAGUUCGAAAAAUGAAUUUUAGUGAUAUACUGUAUAGUGUUCUUCAUAAGUUCUUAUGCAGAAGAUAUGCUGGAUUGUUGAUAGCCUUUAAAAACUUGUCCAGUGGCUGUGAAGAGACAAAUGAUCAUUUCCCAGUCUUCUUUGGGGAUUGCCAAUGUUUAUAUAACAAAAAAAGAAUACCCAACAUAUCUGAUGGGAGUUUAUAACUGCUCAUACGAUCUGGUACUUGUAUCCAAAUUCCUUUAUUUUAGGACAUGCCCAGUAUAUAUGGAUAAUGCCAGCUCUAACUGCUUGAUGGUAACAGGUGUAAUUAGUUAAAAGAAUGAUAUGUUAGCUCUAAACUUAAUGAAAGCAAAAUUAAGGACGUAUUGUUACAAUUACCUUUAUCUCUGCUCCUGUUGUUAUUAACAUUCUUGCUCUUUUCCUUGGUAGACAGUUUGGUUUGAAUAGCUGUAUGUUUGCAUAAAUAUUGGUUAGAUGGUAGAGUUAUUACCAUUGCAUGGGGUUAAUUACUUUCUGCAUCGGUUGUAUUUUCUGGACACUAUGUUCAACAUACACAUUGUUGAAUAAAAAGAAGAAGCUGCAUUUGAUACCAGUCUGUGAAGACGUUAGAAUUAUGAGGUGCGUUCUUCGCCAAGGGAUCCCCAUAACCCACUAACCUGCUAUGUUGUGAAGUUUACAGGAAGCCUUGAGUGACCGGCCUUGAAGUUCUGCUAAACCCUUAUUUGCUUGUUCAUUUCGUUCUGGCACAUUCGGUAAUGGUAGGUGGAUAGCUGUGGUUUGUGGAUGAGAGCCACAGGUUUCCCACCACUGGCCUAGAGAUACAUAUUCACAUUCUUCUAUAGCAAGGUGGUUGUGGGCAGAAGUGUAGUAUGGCAGGAGUUGGUGCCAUCCCUAAAGUAGGGGAAUGUACAGCUGGAGCUCUUACACUUCAGAAUUCUGUACUAGUUUCACUGGCUAUGUAUGAGCAGAGCGAAAAGGAAACGGUACAGCUGUUCUUUCAUAGAACUAUAUCAUUAGGUUUUACGGCUGAAUAUUAUAACUACUUUUGAGAUUGGAAGCAGGAAUGAUUUGAAUGGAUGAACAUUUGAUUGCUUAUGUUGAGAUUCAAGAGACAAAUGGUUUUUUGGGGGUGGGGCUGUUUUUAUUUCCAGACCAAAAAAACCCACUACAGGAUAAUGUGUCUAAAGUCUCUUUAGUUACGGCUAAAGAGAAGAAAUAAAGUCAUUUGUUGCUCUUAACACUUGCUCUAUAAUUUUUAAAACAGAACUCCCCGUAGGGUCAUUAGGCAUGAACGUAUUACGACAAACAUACCCCUUGGGAGAGUUUAUAGCUGGUUUAUGUAAGAGGGAAAGGGAGGGUUAUGUGAGUGCACUCUCAAUAAGAAUAAUUGCUUUUGGAAUCAGUCUUUCUUAAGUAUUGUAUUCUCUCUCUCUCUCUCUCUCUCUCUCUCUCUCACACACACACACACACACACACACACACACAGAGAGAGAGCUUAUUUUAAAGUACCUCCCAUUAUCCCAAUAACAACACUAUUUAUAAUAAUAUUUAUAACAAUUAUUAAUAACAACAUGCUAAAAUUAUUUACAACUAUGGAGCCAGGCACUGUUCUAAGCACAGAACAUGGAUAGGCACUAAGGUUGUGUGCACACCAUAUAUUUAAAGCACACAACCCAUCUCCAAGAAUCUUGGGAACUGUAGUUUGUUAAGUGUUCUGGAAUUGUAGCUCUAUAAGCUGCAGUUCCCAUGAUUUUUUUUUUGAGGGGAGGUAUUUGUGGUUUAAUGUGUGAUGUGUACACAGUCUAGUUAAGCUCUGUGGCAACUGAUAAUGUAUGUAGCCAAACAACCAAGACCCUCACUGUGUGACCUGAACUAUAAGAAGACCCUCCUCCUCCUUUCUCCACCCCAGUUUCUUCCAAGAGAUGCUUCCCCCUCAUUUUGUCAUGCAGAAAUUAUAUAAGGCAUCUAUGAGUGCAGUUUUGAGUUCCAUUCCAAAGACACUUUGGUUCCUGGGGGAUACAUGGGUGUGUAUAAUAUUUUAACGUGAGGGGAAAGAGGUUGCCAUAGCGUUCUUUCGUAAGCCAACUAAUAUUUUUUUUGUAAAGUCUCCUGGUGGUUCAAGAAAUGAAAACAGCAAACCCAAAGGUCGCUCCAUUUCAUAAUUUGGCAAUUCCCUGGCAACUGAGCAUUUGGCUGUUCUGAUCCGUUUUUACUGUACUUCUUCACUAACCUGCAAAUUUACCUCAAUAGGUAGAGGUCACUUUCACCCUGCAACAACUGCACAAGGAUGGAGUUGAGCAUUUCAGAUGUCCUUGUCUCUUUGCAUCUACCGCUGCACGCAGUUUUCAUACCAGUGCCUGCUUGUACCUGUUGAUACUUGGUGGUUCUAUGGAAGCCACCUAUGUGAUGUCAUUUAAGGAGGAUGUUUUUCUUGUUAACAGCUGCAGAAGCAUUUGUUUGUGGCUUCAACUUGGUGGCUACAAUGUAAAAUUUGUUUUGUUUUGUUUGGCUUUUGUUUAAAUCACUUGGUAGCGUGAAGAAUUUAGCAUUGAGACCUAGAGCUGAACUCACAUGGACUGAGAUACAGUACUUGGGCUUUAUUCCACGUAAGGCAUGAAAGUAAUCUUUAGGUCAGGUUUAGCCAACAUGGUGCUCUUCAGAUGUUUUGGAGCACAACUCCCAUCAUCCCCGAUCAUUGGCAAUGAUGACCAGGCCAGAUGGAAAUUGUAGUCCAUCCAACAAGUGGAAAACAUCACAAUGGCUACCCCUGCUUCAGGACAUUUGAGGCUGUCUUGUAGAGAUGAGUCUCCCAAGCACCGCUGUUGUAUAAGCAGCACAAAAAUGGAAAUGAGCAGAAGCAGCAUAACAGUCGUUCAUUGUGGGUGACACCCUGGCCGCUAUGCCUUUUUGUUUUGUGGCUUUGUUCUGUUCUGUUCUGUUUUACUGCACUAUUUGUGCAAGUGACAUUUCCUUUUUACAAUUUGCAUGAACGGUUAAAAAAAAAAACCAGAGAGGGAGGCUUCCUCUCACAUUUAUCCAAAUUAUCAAACUUUCCAGAGUGUGUUUCUUGCAUUUUUCUUUUCCAUUUUGUGAACCAGUUGUCCAUAUUGGAUGAAAACCCUGCUUUGGACCUAGGAGACAAUAUUUUAAACUUUGGUUCCAUUGUUUGGCCAUGCUGUAUAUUACAGCUGGUUAACUGUGACACCACGUCUAUUAACUCAAAAGCCAAUUAUCAACUUAGUAGCGUUAAUUAAAAAAAAAAGUGCUCAAGUUCUUUGCCGGGGCAGCAGCAAGACUCUCUUAAUAUAACUUUAAUUGGAUUAUGAAAGCAAGGUACAGAUCCCCCAUGCUUAUCCUGAGAUCUGACAAAUAAUUCACUAUGCAUUUCAUCACAGUAUUGCCAUACAUUGUGUUGGUAUUCCAGAAGGGGGUGAGAGGGACCCUCCUUGUGCCCCUAAUUCUAGUGAUGGGAGAUGGUUUCACACUUUACAGGAUGGCAGUAGUAGCCAUUUAUACUUCUUUGCCAGGGAAACUCUCAGUGCAUUGCAGAACUCCUGCACAAAGGUCUUUGAGUGGAGGAGGAAAGAGAAACACCAAGGGAAUGGAUAACCCUUGGCCCCUAUUGCAGAACCUUCUGAGAAUAACCUCACCUCUCUCCUGCUGGAUACAAGUCAUCCCCGAUUUUCAUGGGUGUUGUGUUCCAUGUCAUCACGGGCAAUGGCAGAGCAUGCUUAAGCCCGCUUUGCCCGGUUCUGUGUUCUGCUCCCUUUUCUGGUCACUUCCAGGUUGCUGCGAUGCACAUGUGAAUGGUUUUGCAUAAAUUGGAUGUGUGUAAAUUGGUUGUUGCCUGUACAAGGUAUUGCCAAGGGGUUGAAUAGUAUUUUUCAUGGUGCUUGUGCCACAAUGACGGCUUCUUUAGCAGAAACUUGUGCUGUAGCAGUUUGUGACUCAUAUCGCAAGCUACCUUGGUUGUAUAUUGAAACCUCUUUUUUAUUUUUUAAAUCCUCAUUUGGCAUCUAAUGCUAGGAAUUUUCCACUGUGGAAGCUGAAAUAAUUCCUCUCAAUUAUACCUUAUCAUUUGCUAGCUUAAAAACUGUAAAAAUAUAAUUUUCACUAACUACUUAGUUGCACAGGAUGUGCUGCAUGGAAAUUAGCAGGUGCAAAUGAAGUUCAAUUUAAUGAGGGGAGAAGGGGUGGAAAGUCAUAUUUUUCAGAAAAGAAGAUAUUGCUAAAUUUUUGCUUGUGAAUGCAUUUAUUAGCUGUUCUCUAGAGAAGGGGUUUAGGAAAGUGAAUGCCAACCCAACUUUUGGUUAGUCAAGCAACUGGAGUACAGAUUUUUGUGUGUGUUGCAAAUUAAGGCAGAUAAGCUUCAUGAUAUCAUAAUUUAGAACCUUCAAGCAACUUGUAGGGUGGGAAGGUUAGACAAGGCGUUGGCAAGAUUUCCUUCCUUCUCUCUUCUGCCAUGAGUUCCUUAUUUGGUGGGUGAGAUGAGUCUUGAGAGGUUGGUGCCACAUUCACAGCAUUCUUGAGAGAUGUAAUCCUGGUUUUCAGUGCCCCCAAAAUGAGUUCAGGGCUGAGCUUGUACUCCCUUCCCCUAUUCCCUCGUUCUGUUGCAGGGGUUUGCUUUAAAGAACCAAAUGGCUGUGUUCUACCUCUACAAUCAGAGCAUUUUGCUUCUGAGUACCAUUUGCUGGAAACUGCAGGAGAGGAGAGUGCUGCUGAGCUCAAGUUCUGUUUACCUGGCUGGCCACUGUGAGAAAAGUUUGAUGUCUUAGAUGGGCCACUGGUCUUACCUAGCACAGCUCUUCUUACAUUCUUAAACACAGUGAACAUAUUUCAUCCCUUGAGCACUCCAGACCCAAAUCUGCCAAUGAAUCCUGACCAGGCAUCUGCAUCUGCUUGACCCUCCCUGCUACUUGGAAUUUCCUCUUGGGCAUUGGUUUUUGACAAUUAUGGGGGCUCUCUACCCUGACUAGAGACCUUCACUACGUUUAUCACCCACCUCACUGCAAAUUCCUCAUCUUCUGCAUGCAUAGAAAGGUUACCCCAAGAGAAGAUAGUUGUUUAUCUUUAAAUAUGACAAUAUUGACAAACAUAUGUUUGCAUUAUACAACAGUGCUAUGAAGUGGCAACCACUUGCCUGUAUGAAUGGCAGGAGACAUUUCCAGAGAGUUGGAUCAUGUAUAGGUCCUCAAAGUAUCCUCAAUGAAAGCUAGGUGAAAGGGCAAGUUGGUGAAACCUGUCCGGCUAAGGAACUGUUUCCAGUCAGUUUGCUUGGAUCCUUGAAUGCUUUGCAAAGGAUUGUGUGCUGCUUCUGGUCAAAAGAGCAAGACAGUAUUGUGCCCAGUGCCCUGACACUAUAAAUCCUGGAACGUGGGGCUAUAGGAAAAUGCCCAGGGGGUGGAUCACUUUUAGCAGUCCUCUGCUCAAAGCAUGUUAUCUGCCUUAAUAGUGACAAAAGAGGUUGUGAGCUUUUGAAUUAAGCUGAGCAGAAUGGAGAUGUAGCCAAUUUGCAGCAUGCCUGAGGACUAAAUAAUUCGGAAUGACAAGGAUAAUAGGUGGAAAUUAAUCCUCUUCCCAUUCUGUCCAAUAGAUAAUUCUGUGAAAUGGUGAGAAAAAAUAUAGUCUGUAAAUAAAUAAGUUCAGUAAAAGAAAUUCUACCUGUUUUUCUCUGAUGUUCCUUUUUGAGAAAAUAUAUGGCCACAAUUAAUUUUGGUGUUUACGCUUCUGUUUAUAAAUGUCAGUGUACUUAUUGGUAAUGGAUUUCCCCCACUCUUCUGAAAGAUACAUUGUACUAUUUUAAAGUACAGGCUGUUGAAGAUUUAUUCCCCGUGUUUGCAUUCAUGGGAUUGUUGUUUAUCACAUGAUGGUAUAUGUUAACAUUCCACAGAGUGGGAAGUGACGAAGACAGGAUGUUUGUGUUACUGUGUUUCCCGAAGUGGGACUAUUGUCCUUUGUUCAUUCUCUUUGCUGCCUGAUGCUAGAGAGAGAGGGAGCCAUGUUGCAGUGCUCUAUGUGUGUUUAUAUGUAAAUAAACGUAGAUCAGCCAAAUGCUGUGCUCUGUUACGCAACUGCGCAAACUCUGUGGAUCUGUAAGUGUGCUGAUGUCAGUUGGCAUCAGUCGCUGUGAUGUUCGGGCUGAAGAAAGCUUUUGAAGCUUCAGAACGAUCGCCCAGGAGGGAGGGAACAUGCCAGUCGGGCAUGUGUCUCUGUCAGGGUCCUACUCGAAAGUAAGAGAUCCUAACAUAGGCAACCCCUGAUUUGCGUGGUGGCUGCACAUCAUGGUGUGCAAGGGCGGAGCACACACAAAGCUGCUCCGCCUGUUACGCCCCCACCCCCACCUUGUUCUGUACCCUUAUUCACCCCCUUUUCCAGCCACCUGCAGGUCACUGCGGUGUUUGCAUAAGCGGCCGUGCAUAAAUUGGAUAUGCAUAAAUCGGUCAUUGCAGUCCCAGUCCCAGUGCCACCCUCCACUGAGGAAGUGACUAAAGUAAUAAUAAACUGAAGCAGACAACAGUCUGGAUUAAAAACGGCCGUAGCUUUAUUGAUUGCAGGUGGAAUUUUGGCUCAGGCCAAAGGGCUGAGGGCUGAAACUUUUUCAGCGUCGUGCCAAGGAUUAUGGCCUCCUCAAGUUGUCCAUCUACUGAAGUGGCCAUCCAAAAGCUGCUGCUGGAAGCUCUACAGCCCGUCUGCCACAUGCUUGGCUUUUGGACAGAGAUUUCCACUGAGACCCCUCUAAUGGGGUACCCUGAAUAUGCUGUUGGUUUUGGAUAGGGUGAUGCACCGCUUCACCCAAAAGCUUUGAUGGUUAGGAUUCCAUCCAAUGCCUUAACUGCCCAAAGUUGUGAUGUUUUGUUAUGGGGAAGGCAAAAUCUCUAGAUGGAGCAAAUUGUCUACAGGCAAAUUCGUUCCUGGCUCGGAAUACAGGAACUAUUGGCAACCAUAGCAAGCUCAGGAAACACAAGGAGGAGCUGGGGAACAGACAAAAGUUAUUGGUUUUUUUUUUUUUAGGCCAGGCGGUCCUUGCUGUUGUAGCUUCAACCAGCGAAACAUAAAAAGAAAGCUCUGUGUUUUUUUGCAUCUUGGGGUGGGGCAUGGUGAUGUCUGGGAAUUGGCCUGUUCAACCUGACUUCAGGUCCGAUGGCAUGUGGGCAUUGUGACUGGUCUAGUCCCUGACUGCUGGACUGCAGCAGUGUAUUCAUUUCCCCCACUUUUAAAUUUUUUUCUACCUUUGUGUGUGCACGUACUUCCCCUCCCCUUCCCCUUCCUGGUCUGAGCAUGCAUUUGAUACGGCAGUUGUGUUCCUGGCACUGUGGCAGCAUAAUAUGUAUAUGGGGUGGCCCUGUCAGGCUCUUCUGAGAUAGUAUGUGGUUUAGCCUGAGCUGCCUUAGUGCAGUUACAUUUUAAAGAGCUGAGGCGAGAGCUGUGAACAGCAGCAGGAUGCAGGCACAGUGGGACAUGGCUGACAGUCAACAAUUCGUGCCCUGCAUCUGCGAAAAGUCCUAUGUGUGCUUGCCAUUUAAAUUCUGCAUGAAUUUAGCAGCAAAAAUAGAGAGGGGCGAUUAGAUUAAGGGAGGAUCCUCACCAGAGGUGCUUUUCAGAGGUACCGUAUUUUUCCAUGUAUAAGACGCCCCCAUGCAUAAGACACCCCCUCCUUUUGGGGACCCCAAAUUCAGAAAAUGGGCAUAUACGCUAUCUGUGUAUAAGAUGCCCCCAGAUUUUUAACCUUAAUGUAUUUUAAAGUAAAACAAAGCCUAGUCUUAUACAUGAAAAAGUACAGUUUUUUAAAAAAACUUAAUUAUGGAGGAGGGUGAAGAUGAAUGAAAGAUGAACGCACGCCACUGUUCUCUUAACCACAGCCCACGCAACUCAUGAUCGUAUGUUAUCUUUAUAGGGUUGCUCAAUAGCUAUGGAGAUAAUGUGAAGUGCAUUGGCAACACUAACAGCAGAGUUCUACAUGUUAUAGAUUAUAUGUAGUAUAGUGGUUAGAACGUUGGACUAUUCAAAUCUCCACUUGGCCAUGAAACUCAUUGGGUGACCUUAGGCCAGCCACCUUCUCUCAGCUUAGCCUACCUUAUAAUGUUGUUUUGAUGAUAAAAUGGGGAGGAGGUGAGCCAUGUGUGUCACCUUGAGACUGGCAGGGAAAAACAAGAUAUAAAUGUAGUAAAAUAUGGAUAUAAACACAGACACAAGUCUCAUUGAGUUCACUUACUCUCAAGCUUGCAGCCCCAAAUGCUACAUAAAAUCUAAGCUUUAUUAGUUCAUUUAUAAUAUAAAUAUUAAAAUUACAGUGGUACCUCGGGUUACAGACGCUUCAGGUUACAGGCACUUCAGGUUGAAGACUCCGCUAGCCCAGAAAUAGUACCUCGGAUUAAGAACUUUGCUUCAGGAUGAGAACAGAAAUCGUGUGGCAGAGGCAUGGCAGCAGUGGGAGGCCCCAUUAGCUAAAGUGGUACCUCAGGUUAAGAACAGUUAAGAACAGACCUCCAAAACCAAUUAAGUUCUUAACCUGAGGUACCACUGUAUUAAUUAUCUAAAAUUUAUGGUUGGUUAGGCCCUGUAUAAAUCCAUAUAGCAAGGACUGUUUCAUACAUGCCAUUCCCUGUACUCACAAAGGCUUUGAGAGAGAGCUUUUGUGCUUCUGCGCAGGCACGGACCACGCAGAACACGCACGCGGCAAAAAGACUUCCAGGGUUGUCCACUUUGUAAGUCGAAACCUUCGGAAGUUGAGGCAUUCGGAUGUCGAGGUACCACUGUACUUAAUAUGAAUUACUGAAAAGUAUCAUUGGCAGUUUCCAUACUCAGGAUCUUAUAGGCAGAAUUUUUUUCCACAUGUAGUCUUUGGACCUGACUGCAUUUGAGCUUCCUUCUCCUUUUAUGCCACAUUGCUUUGAAAUUUAAACUGAUCUCAAACUGGCUUUCAUUUUCCAGUGUCACAAAGAAAUGAGAACUGCCUUGUGAUUUAAAGAAAAAAUUGAGAGCAGUAAUGCCUGGCCAUCAAGUCUAAUGGGUUGUGUACCGUACAUUAUAUGUUGCAAGUUGAAUUUCUGGAUUGCUAGUGAAGGCUAUAGGAUUCUAUGAAGUAAAAAGUCCUAUAAUCUGAACACUGAGAAAUAGGAAUUCAGCUAUCAUACGUCUUUAUAGAGGAUCUGGUGGGUAAAAAUAGUAACACAAGUGGUCUUGCAUUGUCUUGGCAAAUUGUAUUUAUUUUUUAAUAUACUACUAACCUAACUUGAUUUCUGCAGAGCCAGUCCUAUCCAUCCCUACGUUUUGGCUCUUAGUAAUGAUCCCAUUGCUUCCUUAUGCUUCAGACAGAUUCCAUUUUUCCCUCUUCUCUCUUCCCCAGCCCACCCUUAUUCCAUGUCUCACACCUACUCUUGCAAUCUUAAGAAUUAUUUUUCCUGCAAUCUCAUAGCCUCAGUGCAUUUAGUUACAUUUGAUGAGAUGCUCCACUUAAAGCUGUGUGCUUCUGGAAACUCAGAUUUGAUUACUAUUUCUGACAAAUCGGAGCCGGGAAUAGAAAUCUUAUGAAAACUGCUUACCUUUACAUUUUAUGCCAUGGACAGUUUUCACCUCCACUGCAAUGGUGAUCCCAGUCUUUGAGUGACCUUGUGUCACUGAGCUAGCAUGGCAGAAUCUGAAUGGUCUUCUACAAUACAGACAAAGCUUCCAGUUUGUUCUUUAUCAGAUUUUCUUCUGUGAUCUCUGGCACCAAAGGGUGUAUGAAGGAAAAAAGUUUGGAAGCUGCUUAAGAAAACCCCCAAGGAUACAAGGAAUAAUGUUGAAGAUAUUGCACUGCUUGCUAGGAAAUUUUUCAAGGUGUUUGCCCUGAAGGAAAUAAAGUAAUACCAGGGCAGUGUCUUUAUUAGCACAAUCAAAAUGGGAGGACCCAAAUGUUUGUACAGUCAUACCUCAUGUUGCGACCGCUGCGGGUUGCGUUUUUCCAGGUUACGAAUGCGGCGGACCUGAAAGUGUUUACUUCCGGGUUUUGCCGCGCACGCAUGCGCAGAAGCGUUCUAUUGUGCUUUCGCGCAUGCGCAAAAGCGCCACUCAGGUUGCUUUUUGGGGUGCAAAUGGUACCCCGGAAAGGAUCGGGUCUGCAACCCGAGGUACCACUGUACAUUUAUUUUGUGAUACGUUGGUUGUCCUAAUAGAGGUAUUGCCCUAAUAUGAAUUUAGGAAAGUAUAUGGUAUAAAUGAAGGGUACUUUUUUUAUAUAUAAAAAAAGCAAUGGGUACCAUAUUUCCCAAGCCCAAGAGAUAACUGUGUCAUGUUCAAAGUUGUAUGUGUUAUGAAAAAGGGCUUCCUCUCUUUAUCUUUUUUAGAGAAAGAUGUGGAUCCUAACUUUUGGCUUUGUGAACGGAUGCACCUGUUCACAGAAGAAAAUUUAGGAUACAAGUCAAAGAGUUUACAUAUGUAUGAACUGGCACUGGCAACUGUCUUUCUACAGAAAUUUGUUGGAGAAAUGAUACUAAUGAGUACAGAUGGGCAUAUGUUGUGCAAUAGUAUAUAAUUAUGUGGUAAAAUGUAUGCUGUCAUCAGAUGUUUCAUGGGGUUGUUGGGGUAAUUAUCAACACUCCUUCCUCUGCUGAAUAGUUUAUGGUUUUGCCAGAUUAUUCAGUAAGACACUAGCCCAAAAGAUAAAAGUUAAGGUUGAAACUCUAUAGCACUAUUAUAACAUUAGCGAAUUGAACAUAUAUAUAUAGAGAGAGAGCAAGAGCGAGAGCGAGAGAGAGAGAGAGAGAGAGAACGCUAUACACUUGGAGUAAGCCCAACAGAACACAGUAGCACUUAUUUCAGAGUAGGCAUCCAAGGGACUGGGCCGUAAGCUUGAGUUCCAAGGUAUGACAACAAUUCCUUUAAAAAGAAGUUUGAAACAAUGCUUGUGCAGAAGUUUGAAUACUUUAUGUGCUACAUAAAACCUCAAUUAUUUUGCAUUUCCCCUUUUCCUUUUUAUUUCUGAAAAUCUGUUUUUAGCCUUCAUUGUACACUAUGUUUAUAAUUUACAUUAUUAUCAAUUAAAAAGUGAAAUUUAUGGUAUAUUUAAACAACAAGAGGGAUUAAUCAACUCCCUCCCAUUAAAAAUCAGGCAGUCAUUGUCCCUGUUCAGUUUCAGAUGCCAGGUUAAAUUGGUUUUUAUUACAGGAGGCCUUUGAAUUUUGUUCAAUUUUUUUAAUAGUCUGAUGUUUUAAUCUAUGUGUUUUAUUAUCUAUGGGCUCAAUGAUGGUGAUUUGCUGCUUUAACAAAAAUAGUUUUGCAAUCACUCUAGCUAGGGAACAAGAUAAUAGUAAGAUAUUUUCCAAUAAUGUCAUUCUGGCACAUUUACCAACUUAUUUAUGUGUAUUUCUUUGCUCUUUGGAUUUAUUUGUCUGGUACUGGUGUACUGUACUGUGUUAUUGUUUAGUCAAUGUUGUUUCCUCUGCAUUUUAUGUUUGGUUUGUUCUUUGUAUUUUUGUCUGUUAAAAAUGCUUUAUAAGCAUGUAUAUAAUAAUUUUAAAAAACCCAAUGUUUUCAAUUCUGUAUGUUGUACAUUCCCUCUCCCCCUGUCAGCCGCUCUGAUUGGAAAAUGUGAUAUAAGUUCAUCAAGUAAGUUAAAAUAUAUUCCGGGGACCGGGGAGGAGGUCUUUUACUCCCAGCAUGUGGCAAAGUAAAUUCUUAAAGUAACACAGUGAAUUAAGGCACAAUAAUAUCCUCACCCUCUCAACUUUAGUGCCAAAAAGCCUUCAUUUAUUUCAGUCUGAAACUGAGGCAGUAGACCUACUCAGCCAGAAAUGCUGACUGAGAGAAAAGGACUAUUUUGGUCUAAGCAGCAUUACUGAGAGGCUGAGCAGAUUCAAUAGACUUGCUUAAUAGUUUCUUGAGGAAAAGUUUACCUUGAAACAUGUCCGGAAUAAAAUUCUGCAGAACUCAGCUGACCAAACAAACAAAAACCUGAUGGAAGGGAUGUCAAGGGAUAGAAAGACAGGAAUCGCUUUGGGAGGAGCAAUCACCGGAAAAUGUCAUUUAAAUAUCUGACUGAAAAGAAUUUUUUUUUUAAAAAAAAUGCAACUGUAUACACAAACAAAACUCACUCCAUUUAUGUUUCCUGUGCAGAACGAGUGAGUCUUACUACUACAGCUGGCUACUUAAUGGUGUUCAAUUUCACUUCAACAUUAUGUUAACGUUUGUAGAACACUGCAAAAGGAAAUGAAUUGCUGCUUUCUCGGAUGCUGGUGACAAUUACAGGGGGCAACAGAGGCGAGAUGCUGAUAGGAGACUGGAGGAGAGAAUAAGCAUCAGACUUCUACUGGGAACCUGCUUGGGAUAAAUCAGCUAGAAUCCACCAAUGAAUAUUUCUAAAGAGGGCUGUUAAACUAGGGCAAACAGAACUGCCGGCGUUUACACACGAGAGAAACGUGCAGAAUAUUCUGGAGAGCCAUUUCUAAACUGGAUUAAUGAACCAAGUAGUCGUCGCACCGUUAUUCACUUUCAUCUCUGACAUCAACAGAGAGGAAGCUUCAAGAUAGUCAUGUACAGUAGAUGCCAAGAAGAUGCAGACUACUGCAUCUUUUUGGGAGGAAUGUCUAGAAGCCUGCUUUAGUUGACGAGCAAAUAUAUCCCCCUGGAUCAUUCUUCUUCUGAACACUUAAAAACCAUGGAUAAUGUUCAAAUGCCACAGCAAGUCUUGAUGGAUGUAUAAUAAAACUGUUCAGAGACACUUCCUGCCAUGAACAGAACUGUGUGACAAUUUAGCCUUUUUUUAGCAUAGAGCUACGAAAGAUCUAAUGCCUAUAAGACUACUGCGUGGACUGUUCCACAGAGAAAGAGAAGUCUGUGAACUUGGAACAGCUCUGGAGAAAUGGGAGCAACUUAACUUUAAAAAAGCACAGCACUGGAGACACUUCAUGUGCCUGAACAGCUUUCAAGUGAACUAGCACUUAAGACCUUGCACGACAAAAUGGACUCCGGAGAUACAGCUGUAGGGCAAAAUGCUACCUCAAGGUCUGGAGAAACAGCUAAAGUACCAAGUAGAUGGAGGCAGGAACAUUCGGCUAAUGUUAAGAUGAGCGCACUUGGCAGCCUGGAAGGACAGACACAAAGGGACCCCGAACACAUGGGGGACCCGGCAUCUGCACAGCUUUUCAAUUCUGGGAAAGGAGUGUCAUCUAGCGAUGUUGCCCAGCAAGCCACAGACAAGCAAUACACGCAGCACCUUCCGAGUCCGUACUCAUGUCAACAUUCACUUUCUUUCCCCCAGCAUUCAUUGCCACAAGGAUUCCUGCACAACCUGAAACCGCAUCAGAGCCUAGAAGGCCACAAAUGGCAGUUUCCUGGCCACCUGCAGCCGGUUGCCUCCGAGGACUUGUUUCCAUUUCACGUGCAUGGCCAUAGCGGAAGCUUCUCCAGGAAGAAGAUUUCGAGUCUGAACCCUGCUUAUAGCCAGUAUUCUCAGAAGUGUAUAGAGCAACAUUCGGAAGAUGGGCAUAAGAAAGAACACAAACCCAAAAAGCCUGGCAAAUACAUUUGCCCAUACUGUAGCCGGGCUUGUGCCAAACCUAGUGUACUUAAGAAACAUAUUCGGUCUCACACUGGGGAACGUCCGUACCCUUGUGUCCCUUGUGGCUUCUCGUUUAAGACAAAGAGCAAUUUAUACAAGCACAGGAAAUCGCAUGCCCAUGCGAUCAAAGCGGGAUUAGUACCUUUCACAGAGUCGGCGGUAUCUAAAUUGGACCUAGACGCCAGUUUUAUCGAUGUGGAGGCAGAGAUACAUUCAGAUGGCGAGCAGAGUACAGAUACUGAUGAAGAGACUUCGAUAUUUGUCGAAGGUUCUGACAAACUGAGCCCCGUUCCGCAGAUUCCAUUGGACAUUGGUAGCAGAAGUGGCUUUCACUCAUCCAUAGAAGAAUCCCUGGGCAACCCAAUGAAAGUCCCCAUUUUGAUUAUUCCCAAAAGUGGCGUGCAGUUACCAUGUGAAAGCUCCCCACACAUUGGAUCUGACAAUCUGCAGAACACAUUAAUUAGUAAGUCUGAUGACUCUCACACAGUUAAGCAGCGACUUGCACUAAGACUAUCUGAGAAAAAAGGGCAGGAUUCUGAGCAGUCAUUAAAUCUCUUGAGCCCCCACAGCAAAGGAAGUACUGACUCUGGUUAUUUUUCGCGCUCAGAGAGUGCCGAGCAGCAAAUAAGCCCACCAAAUACAAACGCAAAGUCUUAUGAAGAAAUAAUCUUUGGAAAAUUCUAUAGGAUUAAUCAAAGGAUGGCACAACCUUUAGCGACAGCCAAUCAGGAUCGUAGCUCGAUGGGUAGAAAAGGCAAGGCAGAGCCCCUACCUCUCACAAACCCUAGAUUAGAAAUGAAGAUGCUCGAAGAGCGAAUGUCUCCAAAUAAAGAAGCACUAAUUGAUCCUAGCAAAAUGAGCACUAUAAAAAGUAGCCAAGUCUUUAACGACAGCAGUAUGGAAUCCAAACAGUCUCAGAAUGUCACAUCAUCCAUCAAAAGUGAAUCAAUGCUUUAUCCAGGAAGCCACCCAAGUGAUUCAUCUCUCCUAGAGCCGCCAGCAGAUACAAACCCACUUAUUAGAAGCAACUCCAUGCCAACUUCAUCUGCAACCAACUUGAAUGUCCCUCCAGCUUUAAGAGGAAGCCAUUCAUUUGAUGAGAGGAUGACUGGUUCUGAUGAUGUGUUUUACCCUGGGACAAUAGGAACCCCCCACCAGCGCAUGCUAAUACGACAAGCAGCCUUUGAGCUGCCAUCGCUGCAGGAAGGACACUCGGAUUCAGAGUACCAUGGGAGAAUAGCAAAGAACAUUAUGGUGGCUUCCAGCAGGUCAACUGUAGGAGAAAAAGGGUCAGGCAUGAGAGAGAAGAAGUUGCUAACAGGGGAGAGGCCGUUUUACGAGGGGGAUGCCUCUGGAAAGCACUACAGGAAAUGGGAAGAUUAUGGGCCUUUGAAGCAAAGCUAUAGAGACACACCAUCUCUGGGCGGGUCAAAGCAAGGGGGAGAAUUUUAUCCCGAAUCAUCUGCACAGUUGCAGGCGGUAUCUUCUUCAUAUAGCAUUACCUUUGAAACUAGAAAGCGCAGAAUACAAAAGAGUGUUGGAGAUGAGGAAGACACUCCAUCCCUGUGCAGCGGUGCUUCCGGCAGCCCUAUGAGUGGCGAUUUUGAUCCUAAAUUACAGGUCCAGGAGGCACCAAGGACCAGAUAUGCCAUCCAAAGCCACGACAGUUCUGUGCACUCUCACCCGGACCGCUUUGAAAUUUGCAGAUCCCACCUGCAGUCUGGAAGCCCAGCCACAAGUUUAGAAGAAUGCUCCUUGACAAGCGAUCAAGAAAAGGCUUCAGAGUCCCUGAACAGAAAAGGCAACGUAAUCUCUGUCAUUCAACACACAAAUUCAUUAAGCCGGCCCAACUCGUUUGAAAGGUCUGAAUCUACAGAGCUUGUCGUUUGCCAGCAAGAUAAGAUGUAUUCAUCGUCUGAGACUUGUGAAAGUGAGGUUGCAGAUUCCCCAAUGAGCCCAGAUAGGGUCCCGCAAAUGGAAAAUGCGGACAGCAUUGUUUGCAAGCAGCCUUCUUUGUCCCAACAUUCUCAGUCAUAUCACAUGCAGCCCAGGCUUGUUCGCCAGCAUAAUAUACAGGUACCUGAAAUCCGUGUGACGGAGGAGCCCGAUAAACCCGAGAGAGAGAGGGAAGCCCCAGCCAAAGAGCCGGAGAAGCCUGCAGAAGAGUUCCAGUGGCCACAGAGGAGUGAAACCCUUUCUCAGCUGCCAGCCGAGAAGCUACCUCCGAAGAAGAAACGCUUGCGGCUGGCCGACUUGGAGCACUCCUCUGGAGAGUCCAGCUUUGAGUCCACGGGGACGAGCCUUUCUCGCAGCCCUAGCCAAGAGAGCAAUUUGUCCCAUAGUUCCAGUUUGUCCAUGUCCUUCGAGAGGGAGGACAGUAUCAAGUUCGUAACGUCAACAAGGCAGGAUGAGUUUGGCAAACAGUCUGAGUUUUUAACCGUCCCGGCUGGCGGUUACUCACUCUCUGUCCCUGGGCAUCACCAACAGAAGGAAAUGAGGCGCUGCUCGUCCGAACAGAUGCCCUGCCCCCACCCUGCUGAAAUCCCUGAGAUCCGAAGCAAAUCCUUUGACUACGGGAAUCUGACUCAUGCUUCUGCAGUAGGUCUGCCUCCUACCUCUUUAUCUCCAGCAAGAGAAAGGAAAAAAUGCUUUUUGGUUCGCCAGGCUUCUUUCAGUGGUUCUCCGGAGAUUUCCCAAGCUGAUCCAAGCAUGGAACAAAAUAUAAAGCAAGAGCAAACGGAGCACGGGCACGCCGGCCUUCGGUCUUCCCAUGUGGCUUGGCCUCAUUCCCCUUCUUCUGUCCAAUCGGAUGACUCUGGGAAGCAGUCUGCCAGUUCUUGUCCCCCACGCAGCACCAGUUUAUCUCCACUUUCCCAUUCCUCAAUCCCGCAAGCACCUUAUAUUCCAAGCAAAUACUCAACAGAACAGCAACAUCUGUUUGCACUGCAGGAAAAGGUUCCCUUUCUCCCCUUCCAGAACACGUUGUUGCAGUUUCCGUAUCCGUCGGUCUGCAUGGUUCACUUGCCCUCUCAGCCCCUGUGGCCUUCGGAACUCUCUCAGUCCCCCUUUCCACAUCAUUUUGUACAGCAGCUUCAGAAAACUUACUCCAAGCAACCUUUCUCAACCGAAAGCCACCCUGGUUACCACCUGGAAUAUGCUCAGGAGCAUAUCAGAAAGAAAACUGCUGAUUAUGUGCAUGCUAAAGAGCAAACCUACCAGCGUUACUCAGGAACAUCAGGACAGUAUUCUAAAAAUGCACUUGCAACAUACCAGCCCGAUUGUAGCAUUAAAUCAACCGAUACCUCUUCUGAACAACAGCUACAGGUGGAUUUUGAAACCCAGAAUAUUGGGCCUGCCCAAUCGUUACCGGGCACAGUUGUUCCCGUCAGAAUCCAGACCCAUGUGCCAUCCUAUGGUAGUGUUAUGUACACAAGCAUUUCCCAGAUUCUUGCUCAGAGCAGCAGCCCUGCCAUUGUCAUUUGCAAAGUCGACGAGACUCUUUCUCAAAGGACAUUAGCCACCAGUGCAACCAUGCAUGACAUAGGAUUCAACAUAGCGCAGAUGUUAGGCCAGCAUGGAGGGUUGUGGAAAGUACCGCAGACCUUGUCCCUGAACUUAGAUCCCUCCAUCCCAUUGUGCUUAACCUCCAGCUCAGAUAGUGCCUCUACCCUAGGCGGAAACAAGCGAAUGCUUUCACCGGCAAGCAGCCUGGAGCUCUUCAUGGAAACCAAGCAACAAAAGAGAGUAAAGGAUGAAAAGAUGUAUGGGCAGAUUGUUGAGGAGCUAAGUGCUGUAGAACUCACCAGUUCAGACAUAAAGAAAAGCUUCCCCAGACCUCAAAAGCCUCAGCUGGUUAGGCAGAGCUGUACUACUGAGCCAAAAGAAAGUGUGCCGUCCUCCUCUCCGUUGCCGUCCUCAUCAUCUCAAGAUUUGCCAGCUACCAACAUGCCUCUCACUGAACUUUCCCCAGUAAGCAGGGAGAAGCUCCUUAGCUUUGACUCUGCUUCUCCAGGGCAAAAGUCUAGUGGUACCUCGGAAGGCCAAGAAUCCCCAGAAGAACUGGACGUAGAUGAAGCAUCAUCUGACAUGAGUCUCAGCCCCACCAGGUUGCCAUCAGCGGAAAGCCAGAUAGAAGAUGAACCCAAGCAACAGAAAUUGCCGUUUGGUAUGUUGGUAAAAAUGGCAUCGCAGCCAAGUGGGAAAGCGGUGACUUCGACAAUUCUCCUGACAGAUCUCACAGACUUCCAGCAAAUCCUACAGUUCCCUAGUUUGCGCACUACCACAACUGUGAGCUGGUGCUUCUUAAACUACACAAAGCCUAGUUUUGUUCAGCAAACAACCCUGAAAUCUUCUGUUUAUGCUUCAUGGUGCAUUAGUUCUUGUAACCCAAACCCAUCAGGAUUGAGUACGAAGAUUACCCUUGCCCUCCUACGGUCUAAGCAGAAAAACAGCACGGAAAUGUAUACACUGGCUCCAAUGUAUAGGCCCGGAACAGGGAAACUGACAUCAUCAAGUGCAUGGAAACAGUUUGCUCAGAUGAAACAGGAGCCGUUCUUCCUAUACGGCAGCAAGUUUGAAAAGAAAGUAGCGGGGAAUGUUAUCAAAGAAAGAAUUAAAGGAGACAGCCAUGGUGAUAAAGAUAUCGUAUCCAAACAAACUGAGCCAAUGCGAAUUAAGAUUUUUGAAGGAGGGUAUAAAUCCAACGAGGAUUAUGUAUAUGUCAGAGGACGAGGGCGUGGAAAGUACAUUUGUGAAGAAUGUGGGAUUCGCUGCAAGAAGCCAAGCAUGCUCAAAAAACAUAUCCGAACUCAUACAGAUGUACGGCCUUAUAUAUGCAAGUUGUGCAAUUUUGCCUUCAAAACAAAAGGAAAUCUGACAAAACAUAUGAAAUCUAAGGCACACAUGAAAAAAUGCCUGGAGCUGGGGGUAUCUAUGACAUCGGUGGAUGAUGCUGAAACAGAAGAAGCAGAAAAUAUGGAUGACACACAUCACGAAGUCAAGAAGAGCAGCAUGGCUGGCUCGUCAAUGGAGCACCAGUUCUCUGAUGCUGAGGAAUCUGAUGGAGAUGAUGGAGAGGACAACGAUGAUGAUGAUGAAGACGAGGAUGAUUUUGAUGACACCCUUGGAGAUUCAACACCCAAAACAAGAUCCCGAAGCACUAGCCCCCAACCCCCAAGGUUCUCCUCAUCUGUGAAUGCUGCUACAGCAUCCUAUGGGGGUUCUCCUGACAGUUCAGUGGGACAUUCAUCCUUGAUAAGUUUACUGGUCACUUUACCAAGCAUUCAGGUUACUCAGCUCCUCACACCAAGUGACACUUGUGAUGAUUCACAGAUGACAGAAUAUCAGAGGUUUUUCCAGAACAAAAGUACAGAUUCAGAACCGGACAAAGAUAGACUUGACAUACCUUGCUGCAUGGAUGAAGACUACAUUGUUUCUUUGGAGUCCAACUCUCCUAGAGACUUUUCAUCUUCUAGCCGACAGUCCUCACCUGGGUAUGAUUCUUCACCGUACAGAGAUAAUUCGCCAAAGAGGUAUUUGAUGCCCAAAGGAGAUUUGUCACCUAGAAGACAUUUAUCACCAAGGAGAGAGAUUUCGCCCAUCAGACACGUAUCACCCAGGAAGGAAGCUGUACUGAGGAGAGAGUUAUCACCACGGAGAGAUGUGUCACCAAGACGCCAUCUAUCACCAAGGAGACCCAUGUCACCUGGGAAAGACGCAUCCUCCCGAAGAGAUCUGUCUCCACGAAGAGAGAGAAGGUAUUUGGCCUCAGUUAGAGCAGCAUCACCCCGAAGAGGGUUGUACCAUAACCCAACAUUGCCCAUGGGCCAGUAUUUGCAGUCGGAAUCAGUUCCAUUGGGACAGUCGAGUUCAAGACCAGGAUUGUUCCAGGGAUCUUAUUUCAAUAUUUCUGGAGAAAAGGGACUUCUGGAGCAUCACGGAUCUAACCUGUUCCCUGAGAGUCCUACUGACUAUGUCUUCAGCCACCUCCCACUACACUCUCAGCAGCAGCUUCGUGCACCCAUCCCAAUGAUGCCCAUUGGCGGCAUCCAAAUGGUCCACUCGGUACCUUCAGCCCUUUCAGGUUUACAUCCUCCGUCCAUCUUGUCCCUCCCCAAAGAGGGCUCUGGUGAAAAGAAGAGGGCAGCUUCGGAAACCAUCACUCAAGAAUCGUGCAUUGUUUUGAAGCACCAUGAGAAGCGCACCUGCCCUCACGCUCUGCACACUGCGGCUCAAGGCGCUGCAUCGCCUUCUCAGCUGCUGCUGCUGCAACAAAGCACUUCGGAAGACGGCGUCGUCGAGAGGGAGCAGGAGGAAAACAUACAGACUUGUACAAAAGCCAUAGCUUCUCUCCGAAUCGCAGCCGAGGAAGGCCUACAUGGGACAGAGCAGUCGCAGAGGGAUUCUGAGCCUCCGCAGGAACCCUCGGAAAGUGCACAUUUUAGCAUUAAACACUUUAGUGGCUCUGAGCCAGGCCAGAUCUGUGCCUCAGCCACCUCCCCUGACUUGCACAGUGGCGAAAAGGACCUUUUUGGUACAUCACAGACUGCAGUAUCUCAUUCCACCUUUUACAGCAAAAGCAGUGCGGAUGUCAGACAGUUAGGCUAUCUUAGUAAGAAAGAUUCCCCAUCAAGCACACCGGAAAGAAGAGAAUCACCCUCCGAAAAAAGCAACCCACAGCGAUCUGAAAAUGUGUGAAGACUUUAAUACAUGUGUUUACUUCGACCCCCGACUCCCCUCCCCUAGUGAUAGAAGGAAGUAUUCAUCUUUAUAGCAUGCCGGUUCUAAGUUACAGUAGUUUGCUAUUAUAUAUACUUUUGUUAUAUCAAAAGAAUUGAGUAAAACUACGAGUCAUCAUGAGCCUGACCAAAAUGAAAUUUCAAAGUUCUUAUUGGGUCUGGUACUUUUAACCUGUACAGAUGUUUGUGCCUUUUCUUUACUUUUGCUUAUAUUCUUAUAAGCAUUUUUUUAGCAGUAAUUUGUACAUAUUUUAGAAUUUGUGUAUCUGCUUUGUAAUAAAUGUAAUUUCUUUCCUUUUUUGGACACUUUGACCUAAACGAUGUAAAGCAAAAAACAAAAAAAGCAUCAAUAUAUAUGUGAGGUUGCACUAAAAUAUUUUUAUAUGAUUAAAACUGAACAGCUUUUAUGUACAGCUCUGAUUCUGUAAUACUAAUAUUUAUUUACUUUGUUUCAUAAAUUGUACAUUUUUUCUUAAUGUUGCGGAUUGCUUUUCUAUGUGAAGCAUGGGAUUUACUGUUGCAUUAUUAGAACAAAAAAAAUGUAUAUUGUAAACAAGAUAUUUAAACUAGAGUAUCUUAUUCUGCACUUAUGCAUUAGUUUAAAACAAAAAUAAGAUAAAAGGAUGUAUCAGUCCAUUCUUAACUCUUGUAAUUUUUUGUCUCUUGUUUGCUGGAUCGACUAUAACUUAAAAGUGCUGAUUGUGGUUUUAAAAAGAUAGUACCGUAAAGCAUUAAAGUAAAACCAUGUGCUAUUGUGAGUUUUUUCAAAGCUUUAUAAAACAGUUAUAAAUAUAUUAAAAGUAUUUGGUCUUAUGUGAACAUGUUGCUCUAUAUGCUCCUUUAAAAGAAAAUGGGAAAACAUUCCACCCCAUGUAAAUAUGUGCGAAUUAAAAAAAGCAAAAGAAAAAAAAGCGGUGCAAUUUCAUGUAGAUUGUUUGGACACUUAAAAGCCUCACCCUGCUCCAAGUGAAGUCAGUGGAAGUUGUGAAUUUGACUUGGACGGAAGCAGGAUCAGGUGAUAGGGCACCACAUAUCUUUAUUAAAGUGUCUUUAAAAAAGAAAAGAAGAAGAAGAAUGGAACUCUGGCUCCCUUGGCUUUGACUAUAGCGGAAUCAGGCUUCCAGCUCAGGUGAGAAAGCAUGUUUGACUGUAUAGAUCUCUGUUAUCGGCGGGGCCGGUAGUUGUGGUCGUCAGUGCUGGGCACUGCAUGCAGCAGGUGGAGCCAUGGAAAUGACCUGGGGGGGGGGGGGCUCCAUACCAGUUGAUAGCCAAGGAGCCUAGUCAUAUUGCCAAGUUAUCUCACUCGUAUGUGGGGACUUUAGGGUGGGUUAGGGGAGGGAAUUUUAGACGAAGGCUUGACAGCCAUUUCUGGACAACCAAGACAACCGGUAGGCAUUUUUUCACCAGAAUAAAAAUUACCAUCCCCAUAUGUCUUAUCUAAGGGAAAAGGUCAGCGGAGAAAAUAAAUUCUCUCCUUCGAGAUUUAGGGCAUUUAUAGCAUGCAGUGGUUUCAGGAGGAGACAGGAAAGAACCAUUGCUUAUUUGUUUGGAAGGCAUGAUGGAGGCUGCUCCCUUCACCCUGCCCCUCCCCAAUAUACAUACACGCAAGUCAAGAAAAUUCUGGGGUCUAUUUCUGUGCUAUUUAGUGGAUUAUAAUUCUGUGAAAAAAGUUUGUAUAUUGAAUUGCAAUACAUUUAAGGAGUGUUCUUUAAAAAAAGAAAUAAAUAUACAGUUACAUUACAUACCUAGCGUCUAGUUUUCAUGUGUUUUAUUUUUUUUCCUCCAGGCUAGCAAUGACGCUCUCUUAGGCUGCAAUCCUAUGCUUCUAUAUGAAUGAAUAAGCCCCAUAGAAAUGAGUCUACUUCCAAAUAAAGACUUAUAGGAUUGGACGGCAUGUUGCAUAAUGUGACAUUUGGUUGGGCAUGAGCACGCAUGUAACUGGCCUGGUUUUGCAUGAAAUAACAGUAAAAGCCUAUGGGCUAUUGACGCUUUGGCUGUCUUGCCUAUCGCUAUGUUUCUGCCAAAUAUUUUAUAUCCAUUGCACACUUCUGAAUAAGGAAAAAAUCAGCAUAAAACAUCAUCUGAGCACCGCCCAUACUCAAACGUUUAAACCUCUUGACCUGAGUAUCUUCCAAAGAGAUGAGUCUGCAACAGCUUGUUGUCUGUAAACAACCUGACAAAUCUGUAAUUAUUAAUCUGCACAUAUUUCAGGAUUACAACCCAGCAAUGAUUUAAAUAAGCAAUGCACUUACCUCUAUAUUCCAUUGUAGUCCAGGUACUUAAGAGUAAGCAGGGGGGGGGGAUUAGCAGUGCUAAGUCUCUGCCGAUACCGUGUUCUAUGUUGGUAAAAGACGACCUACCUCUCUUUGGUAGCUUUUAACAAGAGACACAGGGUGUCAUUGUUACCCUAGGCUCAUUUUCUUUUAAUUUGUUGGUAAAAUGUCAAUGAAAUGUGGAUAUCUUUGGUUAAAUUAAGGAACAGGGAUGUGGUAUUCUUCCUCAUUGUGUUUGCUACGUGUUUGAGCUGAUUGCUGUGAACUGCCCUGAGAUCUACGGGUCUGUAUACUGUAUACAAGGACUGUAUACAAAUUUAAUAAAUAAUAAUAAUAAUUCCAAUAUAGUUCCAGCUCCCCCUCAUUUUUGCACAAUAAUAUAUAGAACACAUUCCUGGACAGACAUAUACACAAAAAGGCUAUUUUGGGUUGGUUUAUCCAUAUCACUUUUCAGGGACAACCCCUUUGGCAUGACACAAUAGUUAUCUGGGAUCGUUCCUAUAAUUGGUAGGUGCCAUAAUCUUUGUACAGUGGUACCUCGGUUUGCGACCGCAAUCCGUUCCAUGGAGGCGGUCGCUCCCCGAAGGCACGCUUCUGUGCACCCGACGCCGUGGAACCCGGAUGUAAACACUUCCAGGUCCGUGGCGGUCGCUCGCCGAGGUAAUCGUAAACCAAGGUUUGACUGUAUUUCUCUCUCACCCCAGGCUUCAUUAUAUGGUAGCAAUUUGAACUCAUUUAUGUACCAGAAGAGCUUGUUUUCAACUAAGAGUAUCCAGAACUUGGGGAAAGGAAUGUAGCUCAGUAUUGGACCACAUGCUUUGCUUGCAAAAGAUGCCACAUACAAUUCUGGUAUCUCCAGUUAUGUCUGAGAAAGAAUCCUGUCUGAAACUUUCAAGAGCUGCUUCCAGUUGAUGAACACAAGGCUAAACAUGGACCAGUGGUCUGGCUCAGUAAGGCAGCCUUCUGUGUAAGCAGCAGCUUUGCAUCUUGCAAACGCCAGUUUGCAUAUUGUACUGUCAAACUGAAUUCUUCCCUCUCUUUCAGACAAGUCCUAGAACAGGGCCAUCCAUUUCCAAGGGAUUUGAGAUCUGCACAUAAAAAUGUAAACAGCAAGCUAUUCAUCUCUAUGCAGAUACUUUUAAGUGUUUGCAUUUAGUAUCCACUGAACUAGAAAUAAAACAUGAACAAAAAGGAUGUUCCAAUUCUGUAACACAAAAAAUAAGGCUUAUGCUUUUAAAAAGUAAAUACAGUAUAUGUAAACAGUUUCAAUGCUUGCCUUAGUGCAUCAUAUCUAUAGGGGAGGUGUGAUCCUGAUUUCCUGCUAUUGUGUUUCUGAUUUCCUGCUAUAAGUGGUUCAUAAAUAAAAUACCUAUUCAGGCUUCCAAACACUCAUGAAGAAAAGAUAGGCCUACACAUUUCUAGCCCCUUCCGAUAUUUUUUCUGCAUUCCCAGAGAAACAUCUGGUGCAGUCUUUAUGAUAUCAUCCAUCCAGCAUCUCACUACGUGAAAAUAUCUGUAGAAGACGGCACCUGAAUACCUACACUAAGCAAGUGGAUUCCACUUCUAAACACACACUUGCCUUUCUAGUACAGUCCCAAAGGGUUUAAUUAAGUUUUCACAAGCAGAGGGAUGCAGAAACAUUGUCCCAAAUCUCUUCCAAACUGAAGAUUUGCAUACUAAAUUCUAACAGUACAAAUAUCUCUGUGCAUUUCCAAAUGGCAAGUCUCUCAUUGCUGCAUCUUUUUGUUGUUUUCUUUUUAUAUGCAUCAAAUUCUUUUACAACAGUACAAAUAAAAUGGUGGGUGAUAGCUGGGAGCACUGCAGAUGGUCAGAAGAAGACAUCUGGCCAGGAAUCAAGAAAAAGGUCGAGAAAAAUUUCAUUGUAUGUCCUGGAAUUUCUCAUUUUUCUGCUGAACAUAAUUUCCAUUUCCCAUAAGUCUCGCUGUAUCUACCAAACUCUUCUUGCUUAAGCUUCCAGGCUCUUGCCAUUUGCAAUCGUUUACUCAAGUCUCCUGGGUUUCUUUACUUUGCAUUCACGGUUAGAACUGCUCUUUCUGCCACCCCCACUUAACUCCAGUCUCUGCUGCUGCCUGUUUGGAGAGGUUUCCUUUAAUCCCAGAGGCUGGCAUGGAGCAGGUGUGAUGGGGCAAGUAUGUAUGGGUAUGUGCAGAUCCCUUCAUUUCUAGUCACAACUAGCAGGGCAUGCAACUAACAAGACAUGUGGUGACCUCAACUUGGAAAGAGUAACCCGGUAAAUUCCAGCAACUGGAUCAAUAAUUGGCAAUGAGAAUUUAUGACCCAGAGUAAUUCACAGAAAGGCGGGAGAAGGAGAUUUUCCAUCCCUCCAUUUUCCACCACCCACAAGCACCCCACACAUUCCUGUGGAAGAUGUUUCAAUGGCUCUUGCUCAAACUGGGAAAACAUCGCUCAGAAAACACCAAUCAGCAGAAGUCUUGUUUAUUUCAGUACAUCCUCAACACACCUUUUCAUUUAGGAAAAGGCCCAAGCAGCUAAAAAUAAAAGUAAUAGUUAAACAGGAUUAAAGUGACUAAGAGAGAAAAUAAAAUUCAGAACCUAAGAAGAGUCUGCUGGUAAAGGCCAGCGGUCCUUCUAGUUCAGCAUCCUGUUCUCACAGUGGCCGACUAGAUGCCAGUGAGAAACCCACAGUCAGGAUUCGAGCACAAGAGCGCUCUCCCCUCCUGUGGUUUCCAGAAACUGGUGUUCAAAAACAUUACUGCCUCCAGCAGUGAAGGCAGAACAUACUGUAAGUAUCAGGAUUAGAAGCCACCAGUAGCCUACUCCUCCGUAAAUUUGUCUAACCCUUUUUUAAAGCCAUCCAAGUUGGUGGCCAUUGCUACAAAUUCCAUCGUUUCACUAUGUGAUGCGCCUGCU